CUUAAGGAUUGUAAGACAGCUGUUGUUAUUCCCCUACUGAGAUGCACCAUGUUCUCCGUCAAACUGUUUCCCCGCCCUUGUCGAAUGAAUUAAACAUUUUUCCGCCAAUCGGUUUUCGAACUCCAAAGCCCUCGUACCUUGGCGCUGAUUUCGAACUUUCCAGCUUCCCAUUCCCCUUUUCUCGAUUUGUUAUCAGCUUUUUCUGAUAUCCUUUAGUACGUUGAUGAUGUUCUCAAAACAAAUUUCAGCUCAGGUCUACAUAAGCAGCAAUAUCACUUACCACCAGGCUUGCUGAGUUUGGUGUUAAGUUUGUGCAAGCGUUAUGAAAAACCAUCCGUUGCAGGUAUCACACUACAUACUAACCUAAACAGGUUGACAGCAGCCCUGCCUCCUACAUAUCUGCUGUUUGACAACCACUGUCAUAAAACGUAUAACGAAGGGGAAGAAAUCCAAUACAAACACUCUAGAAAACUUGAAAAUGAGCAUAAACCUUAGCGUUAAUAGAUUCAACCAAACUUGGAGCCUAAGUGAGGCCUCAGUCCCAUCAUAAAAACAGAAAUAUACGCAGAAAUAUGGUAGACUUGUCGAACUUAAAGCUCGAAAAGAAUACUCUUGCUAAAAAACCAGAGCUUUUGUUGUGUUAUUGCACUGAAAAGGCUAAAAUGUUAAAUUACGGCAAGAUUACAUUUCUUUUCGAAAAGCUUGAGGGUGCGUAGUUUAUAUCGAAUUCUGCGUUAGCCGUUGCAUUUUUCUACAUGCACUUAUCUGUGAAAAUUAAUAUAUUUCAUCGAAUACGUGAUAUCGGUAAAUUGAAGCAGCCUGGGGAACUAGGCUUUCAGUUGGAAGUACGACUUUGUCAUCGUAUCCCCAUCAUAGCGUACCAAUUUGUACUGUAUCAGUAAAUGCUUUUCAUCUUACCACUGUUCAACAGACCUAGCAUGAUAGAAUCUUAAAGGAACAAGGGUUGCAUCCCGUAUAGCUCAUUGUCAUAGUGAUAUGCAAGCCAACCACCACGUAAAGAUAGCACCUAUCAAUCAGGAAUAUCAGCUCAUAGGAAAUUGGUUGUUAGCUGCUUCCGGCUUAUAGAAGCUGUGAAAAAUCGUUUUCAUUUUGGGACAGUAAUGUAGAAUACAAUCCUUUGAUUUUUCUUGUUAGAAAGUGACAAUUUUUUGGUGACUCAAGGUUUAUGGGUGGGCAUGACAGCAAUAUAUAUUGUUAUAAGUAGGAAGUUAGUUAAUGUACAUGUUUCGACUCAUGGAAUUGAAACUUGAAAAUGCAUUAAAAAGUUGUAUUCAGAACGUUGUUUCGGAAAAGUCGAUGCUUUUUAUAUUUGUUAUACUUCUAUUUUCAGUUAUAUCCGGCACGUAAUGUCCAUUGGCAAGCGAAUUGUCAUACUCCAUUGGCUUAGCAAUUUCGAGCUUUCCUUUGCUGACUAAAAUUCCUAUUUCUGUGCUGUUUACCAAGUGCAGGUUUAAACUCUGCAAUAAUUAUUCAAGCUACUACAUUGUCUUUACUUCCUAAAACCUAUCUUAAUCCUGCACGUGGUUAGGGAUUUAGAUGGUCUUUUGCUAAUAUAACUCAGUUACUUUCUAGAGAUAAUAUAGUUUACCUUAUUAUUCACUGUAAACGAUGUUGGUAUUUAAUUCUGGCCACUGGUCAUUUCUAGAUACAAAGGCAUGUCAAAAUCCUUGUUAGUUUGAACUAUCCCUUCUCUAGAUAUCCAGACAUCCGAAUUUUUACUGGCUCAUGGUUCACACUAUGUACAGUCUUGUGUAGUCACCUUUGGGUCGUCAUGGAUCAGGUGAUCCUAUUUUAGUAGAUCCCAAUAACUAGAUUUUAAGGAGGUUGUAGUGUUUCUGCGUCAUGGAAAUUAUGGUGCCCUUCUGGUAAUAAAUUGGAAGGGAACAGUUUGUAAUGCAGCAGGUGGUCAUGUAAUUGUCUCAAAUUUGUAGACACCAUGCUGCUCACAGAGUCUUUCAGAUACUGUUAUUCGUUCUCCUAUAAAAAUCAUUCACACUGAACAUUCAUGAUAUAUAGGUUUCUAAAACACCUCUUCGUGAUAUCGUGCUUUCAAAAUUUAGGCUAGCACAUGAUUUCCAGAAACCUUCGUGUAUUAAUGAAAGAUAAGUUUAUCGCUUUGUCAGUCUUUUCACACAGAUCGAAUAAGACAGAUAUAAUAUUACUACUGUGGUCAAAAUCCGUAACGUCUGUUAUUUCCAACGGCCACGUCUCAACUGUAUGGUAGCACAGUGUGAACUGUAGUGCAGUAUACUCGUUCUUUGAUGUGGAGUUGGAUAUCUCGUGAAUGCCGUAAGUGACAUAAGUUGACGUGUACCAAAUAGGCCCUUAGUAACAGAGCUGAGAUUUCGUCAGCAACCAACCCUUUCGGUCUGAUUUAGCUCUUCAGUUUACUCGGGCGUUUAUCGCACACUACCGCAUCAUUCUCUCCUUAAACAGGGAGUAGUUGUGCUGCACUCCCAAAGCAUCAUCUUACAUUAGACAUAUAUAAAGCACCUAUAGUUACGUCUAAUGACUUACAUUUUUAACAGAGCACCUUUGUAAAAUGUUAAAAAUGUUUCUUCUUAUUUUAGCAUGCACGGGUACUCUUUCAUUGAUAAGAACUAAAUUAUGCUAGUUUAUUUUGGAUCUAAGGUUUUGAAAUAUCUUGGGUUGAGAAGACAUACCAUUUUUUGGAGCUAUUCACGAUCGUUUUCCGAAAAGUCAGAUGUAAGCGAUCCUUCAGAAAAGUGUGUUGUUUCUGACUUUCCACUUCUGGCUGAGGCUGUGAAUACUAAAAAUUAUGAAUUAGUGGCCAAGAUUGUUAUGGAACAGGUAAUGGGUAAGGACAUUGGCUAAUUUUUGUUUGUUUAAAGGAUCCUUUUGAAGUCAAACGCAUACGAAUGUUUCAGACUAGUUCAAAAACUUCUCCUAAUCGUAUUCCCUCACAAUCAUCCAGACGAAUGGUUGGAUGUAUAUGUAAGUGAAAAUUUGUGGUAAUUUUGUAGCGUGAAUUUCCAGUUUGAGAAAUUUUGCCGUUCUAAAUGUCACAGUGUAUUUCAUUAUCCCGUCUAACUGUGGUUCACUAGUUUGGGCAGUUCACUACUAACCAGUUGGUCACGCUUUUGGAACACAGUUCCAUUCACUGAGGUGUUGGCAACCAGGUAGUAUCAUUAGCCCUUACGAGGUAGGUGUAGCUCAUUGCCUACUGCACAAAUGUGCAUGUGGUUGCUGAGUACGUUUUGAUUCUAGCAGAAAUGUAACCUAGGGUCAUUAUUUUAAUGAAAUCGAAGUAGAUAUGAAAUGUAACUAAUUCUUAAGGUUUUAUCUUAUUUAAUUCUGAACGAUACCACCACAGUUGACGAAUCUUUAUAUCAAAGUGGUUUUAUCACGGACCAAUGUCAGCCACGGAACUGUUAAAGACGUAUCGAAGUUCAAUGGAGCAACAGAUACUGUUUGUUAAAAAAGUGCAACCGAUAGUGGUAAAAAUACUACAACCUACAAAAUGGUAUCCAUUUACGAAUAACCUCUUGUUUUGCAUCUCCUUCCGCACUGUUCUUUUCCUUUAUAUUUCUGUCGAAUAAUAUGUAUUCUCUCAGCCCGAUUCCUCGUCAUCGACCGUUAUCACUACUACUUAUAUGCAUUUUUAAAAGUAGCUUUCUCCAGAUUAAGAGGAUACUGCACAGGUAGGUGUUUAGGUCUCCUUAUCAGUGAGCACCCACGAUACUGUUGAGCAUCUUCCAGGGUCGUUACCAUUCAGCCAUUGGAUUGAAAUCUAAUGACGCUGUUAUUACAGCUGUCAGUUGGCGAAAUAGCACAAAUUAGAUGACCCCAUAGAUCAUGACUUCUCAUUAGAACUUCAGGUAAUCCAUCACAGCAAAUCACUAGUAACCAGUGGAUUGUAAGUGAAUGUCCUAACAAACCUAGGUUUGAUUCUUCAACUACCUUGCAAGUAACGUAAUUUGGUGAAAACUGCACACCAUUUUUCAUGUACAACGAUUGUAUCGUUUAGUGACGUCAGUUUGCUGAAUACAUACAGGUAGUUGCGCACACCUUGGAGGUCGAUGUCUUGCUGUUAUAUGAAAGAGAAAGUCGGUUAGAUUUGCUCCUUCAUAGAACUGGAGAGAUAUCUGUUUAAGGCCGGCCACAGGACGUUUUUGGGAGUUUCGGAUUCAGGCUUAAUUUUUUAUGUCCAGACUAAACAAACCACCCCGGCAACAUCACCAGUUAGCAUCAUAAAAUGCUGAUUGUGCACGAGAAGUACGCUGCUGUUGUUGAUCACAGUAAAGCUAGCAGUACAACUUUACCUUUGUAACUUCAAUUCGGCGUAAGUCACUUACACUGUCACUGCAUUUAGUACUAUCAAUAUCUAACAGACGUUUCCUGUCACGGUAGAACCUCAAGGGUGAAUCGCUGAAGCAUUAUUUUUGAGAUUUUCAUGGGUGAUGUGUGAUGUCUAAGACGAAUUGUCGGUAAUCGUUUUGAGAUCAUCAAGAGGUAAACACAAAAACUCUGUCGCAACCUCCACUAAGUGUGUUUCGAUCUGUUUCACAACGUAAACAAUUUCGUCUACUUUAAUAUCAUUCUUUCUACCCAGUUGUUCCCUGUAUGCUUCAAUAAAGUGUGGCAACCUGAACCGAUGCACGUUUUUGCGAGAUUUUAUGUUAGUUUUUUCUAUUUCUGUUUAUCACAAAACAUCUUGGAGUGGACCGUAUACACAUUGCUAUAGUUUUGUUCCACUCUGACAGAAAAGUUUCUUUGGAUAUCCAUUUGAAAGGACAAGGAGAAUUCACUGUGAUUCUGCGAUCGAUAAAAAAUUAAAUUAUUUCAGUUGGCACAUUCAGACAAUGGAUAUUCAGAUGAUUUCACUAAAAGAAAUAUGAAAAGAAGAACGAAUAAGCCAAUCAUCACUUGUUUCAAUAAGCAAAUAUCGAUGAACGUCCAGUUUUAGGGUGAUUGUCUAGUCGGAGUUAUUACAAACGGACAUCGACACUCGUUGAAGAAGGCGCUUUCUGCAGCCACUCUGAGACUGACUUUCACGAACAGGUGUGCCUUACCUUCACGUCUAAAAGAUAGCAUUUCUCCCUUAUCGUUGUUAGUGCAUAUUUAUUAAUUCAACUGCUCCUCUAGAGACAGUUAUUCGGGUCAUACAAAAGAGCAUCUCUUAGCAUAACUUGGCAAAAGAAGGGAGAAAAAUUACCAUCUCUAUUGAAUUUCAUUUAAUUGGAAGUGGUCACAAUGCAGGCAUUGUCUUCUUUUUCAGUUAUCCAAAAGAUAUCAAGUCGAAUGUCACAGUUAUUCGGAGUUUAUCUUCUUCAAACUUACUGAGCUACUACAGUAGAAAUAAUGAAAUCUGACCUUUGGGUACUAUCCAUAAAGCUAACAGUCAAACAAUUUAGAUACACUGUGCGUCAAUGGACGUUCGCCUAUUUUGUAUUAAUCUGAUUAGACCUUUUUCAUCUUUAUGUUUCCACUAUGAUUGCUCACUGUCUAUCAUGAUUUUGAAUCGUAAUGCAAUGGUAACUGAUAUUCUGUGCACCCGUUAUUCCUGUAACCCAUUUACUAACCAGAAUCGUGUUAAAUAAAUUGCCAGGCGUUUUAAUCCCAAAAAUUGCUGAAAGGAAAGAUAACUAUCAAUAUUCAAGUCUAUGUAACCACUCUAUGUGUAUUCAAGUGACUUUAAAGGCCACCCUAACAACGGUUAGAUAGCCUAUUACGUUUCACUAUUUCACAGAAAACUACCGUAGCGGAAAUACUGAAACUUGAUUGGUUACCUCAGCACUUGUGAGUGAUUUUGAAGACCACCCUAUCAGCGAUUGAAACAACCAAUUAGAUUUCCCUAUUUCAAUUGCAUAGAUAGUUUUUUCAUAGAAUACAGAACUCUGGUUGGUUAUUUCAGUGGUUGUUAGGGUGGACAAUAGAGUUACUCCUAAUUAUUGUCUUUUUACUACCACCAUGGUUAUAUUGCGUAAACCCUAGGAGUGAGAAUCUUAUCGAACUAGUGCUGCUUAGCUUUUUACUCAUGGCUUUCUUCUGUCCUUUUAAUUUGGGUUCAACGGUGAAAUAAAUUCCCAACCACUGCAUCUAAGCUAAAAUCACUAGUCUGAUUCUUAAUUAGCAUCCUCCUCCGUAUCAGAUUUAUAUUAAGGAAGCCAGAUGCCGACUGGAUGGGGAAUAAUCCAGAGGUAAACUCAUUUUACGCAGUUUGAGUGUACACAUAUAAGGUGUUAACGUUUGUGUUGUUAACUUGUCAAUUUUAGAAAAUGUAAUCCUUGCAUAACCAAUAGUAUUAUUUUGAUCUUUUAUUUCGUAGGUGAACCUGAAGCUAAUUCUAUAAAUUGGUUGGAAUUAGAAAAAGGUGAUCCAGUCCAGUGUUAUUGUGGACAUUGGUUUCAACUAGUUAAUUAUGAAGAUUAUUUCAGUAUGACCAAUAAAUGAAACUGCGUUUAUGGAAUGUAUUUCCCAUUUGUAAAAGAAAUAAAAUAUAGCGUCAUAAAAUUUGGC